GCACUCACUCCAAGGCUCCACCUUCUUCUCUGCACACUGAUCUUCUGCCCAUUGAUCGACCGGACGAGCAAACCCCAUGGCCACCCGCCCCCACCGUUUCCUCCUCCUCCCCGUGCUACUCCUGCUGCUCAGCGUCUCCUCCGCGAGCGCCAAUGGCGAUGUAGUCACGGCGGGGAGCGGGAAGGUUAGCAUGGCGCUCUACUAUGAGUCGCUGUGCCCCUUCUCAACGCACUUCGUGGUGAACAGCCUCGCCAGACUCUUCAAGGAUGGACUCCUUGAUGCCGCGGACCUCACCGUCGUUCCCUAUGGCAACGCCAAGGUGGACGCGCACGGUGCCAUCACCUGUCAGCAUGGCCCCGAUGAAUGCCUUCUCAACAACGUGGAGGCUUGCGCCAUCGAAGCCUGGCCGGAUUUGAAUGUGCAUUUCGGUUUCAUCAACUGCGUGGAGGACCUGGUGAUGAACCGCAAGUGCGAGGAAUGGGAGUCGUGCUUCCAGAAACAGGGGCUUGACCCCAAGCCUGUCAUGGAGUGCUACAACAGUGAGCAUGGCCACAAGCUUUCGCUCAAGUAUGGGAAACAGACUGAUGCGCUUGUGCCCCCGCACAAGUACGUUCCAUGGGUGGUGGUUGAUGGCCAGCCGCUGUAUGAGGACUACGAGAACUUCGAAGCUUACGUCUGCAAGGCUUACAAGGGCCAUCCUCCCAAGAUUUGCCAAGGGCUGGGCCGUGACUACCCAAUCGUACAACAGGUGGUGGAGGCUGGCAACGGUGUCACCUACAACUCCGGCGAUUUCGAGCUGGAUGAAGGGGUCGACGACAAGAUUAAGAUUAAGAUGGUCCAGGGUGAUGACAAUUGAUAAAUUGUAUAUGUCUCCUUUCGGGGCUCCUAUACCGAUACACGUGAAUAUAGGGCCGUUUCAUCUUUCUGGUCAGGUUAAUUAUGGCAGUAUUGCUAAAGCACAUCUAGAUAAUAAAGUGAGUUAUGGUGAUGUAAAUUCCUGUUCAAGUUAAUAUGGAGAUAUACGUGAGCAUUGUGAGUUUUAUUUUUC